GGGUGGGGUGAGGGAUGUAGUGUAUGGUCAUGCAGAAUAUGUGCUUUAUAAGUACUAAGAACCAGCCAAUAUGCAAAUAAUAGGAAGGCUAAAAACAAUGAGUUCAUAGUGAGAAUUUCCCCUAUACUGAAGUGUUACCAAAAGUCAUCUUCAGGCAGGAUUCCUUGAGGGCGAGUUAAACAUGGGGGUUGGUUUACCUCUGAAAUCCCUUUAAGGCACAAAUAAUUAGAGAGAAUGAGAGAUGACAUGUUUUAUGUCUAAUGCUUGAUAGUUGUGUCACUAUACAAUCAUGCGAUUAAACAACAUUCAUUUAUAGACAGAGAGAGAGUGUGAGGGAGAGAGAGACCGAGAGAGAGAUAGAAACCGAGAGAGAGAGAGAGACAGACAGAGAGAGAGAUAGUGUGUGAGAGAGAAAGAGAGAGACAGACAGAGAGAGAGUGUGUGAGAGAGAAAGAGAGAGAGAGAGAUAGAGAUACAGAGAUAGAGAGAGAGAAAGAGAGAGAGAGAGAUAGAGAUUCAGAGAUAAAGAGAUAGUGUGAUGAUUUUGCCCCAUCUUGUCUUGCUGUUCUUAAUCUAGUGGCAGAAUCAUGACAGAACCUCUUGUUUUAUAUGGGGAGAGAGACUUGUGUGGCACUUAUUGUUCGCCAUACUCUCUCUCUCCGUUCUCGUCUUUGUUCCUGCCCUCUUGUUUUCUCCCUAGUGCUCAUUAUGAUUUCAUGCCCUAUACCUGUUCCCCUCUUGAUUUGGUUCCCUAUUUAAUGCCCUCGUGUUUGCUGCCUUGUGUUGGUUUAUUGUGAUUUGUGUGGUGAGUUCCUGUGCCUUGUCUAAUAUAGUUUAGUUAUUUGUAGUUAUAUCAAAUGUUUAACUUUAGUCUUGUUUAAGUGUAGUUAGUCUUAGUUCUGUCAUGUUAUUGUAGUGCCCUGUUUUGUUAUGUUACCCCCUCGUGGGUUUUUUGGUUUUGUCUUUAUUAAGUCUGUUAACCCCUUACCUGCUGUCUGCGCCUGGGUCCUCUGUCCUUGCACUCACCGUGUUUCAUGACGGAUAGAGAAUGUUGAAUGUUGUGAUGACAGUAGUCUCUCUCUCUCUCUUUCCUCUCUCUGCUGGUGCCCGCUGUACCCACACUGGCAGCUAAUGGCUGCCGGUGACUCUUGCCAACUCACGGCCUAUUGAGAUGCAGUCUGAUGGACACAAAUGCAAACGACAGACUUGCUGUCUCAACAGCAAUCCAUGGCCAACCCAUUUCUGCUGCUGUGGACAGAUUUAAACCAUAAAUACCCCCUGGGUCCCUGCACUCGCCCGGCACACCCACAUCUCCACACAAACGGGCACACACUGAAGGAGAGUGGCGAGAGAGACGUGCUGGAUGGAGAUACAGGUCAAGAUGUUGGAUCAACAGGGAGUUCCGGAUAAGCGUAUGUUUGAGAAGAGUCAAGGUGGAGUCAGUGCCGUUUACAAGAUCUCGCUGUAUGAGUUUGAGAACUUCCGUGGGAAGAAGGUGGAGCUGUCAGCCGAAUGUAAGGAUCUGACGGAGAAGAAACUGGAGAAGGUGGGAUCACUCGUGGUGGAGUCUGGACCGUGGGUGGCGUUUGAGCGGAAAGGUUUGGCCGGAGAUCAGUUUGUUCUGGAGAAAGGAGAAUAUCCACGCUGGAGCACCUGGACCAACAGUCAGAACAGCUCCUGUCUUCUGUCCGUCAGACCUCUGAAAGUGGACAGCGCCGAUCAUAAGCUUCAUCUGUUUGAGGACGCCAGCUUCGCUGGGAGAAAGAUGGAAAUCGUGGACGAUGAUGUUCCCAGUCUGUGGGUUCAUGGAUUUCAGGAUCGUGUUGCCAGCGCUAAAGCUGUCAAUGGAACAUGGGUGGGCUACAUGUACCCUGGUUAUCGCGGGCGUCAGUACGUCUUUGAACACGGUGAAUUUAAACAAUGGAACGACUGGGGCGCCUCAGAACCGCAGCUGCAGUCUUUCAGGCGUGUACGUGACAUGCAGUGGCACAAACGCGGCUGCUUCAUCGUCCCUGACCCGGCUCCAAAACCCAAACCCAACCCAAGCCCCGCCCCUCCUGCCCCGCCCACCACCGCUCUCAGCACCUGAAGGAGUCCAGUCGAUCGCAGAAAAUCUGACUCGUCUCUCUUGUGUCUUUCAUUUGAAAUAAAGGCCUUGACCCAAAUGCUUUCACCUCUGACCUUAA